CCCUCUUCAAAGCAUUUUUUGUGGGUGGUGUGUAUCUAAAAAGCACUCGAUAAAAAAUGAACAAACAAGAACUGGAGAAGAGUCUUUUGUCCGAAGUCAACAGUCAGCCAUAUACAGCCAAUGCUGUCACCUCUACUAAUAUACCUGUAUCAGCCGAAAGGGCUUUUGAAGCUGCCAAUCGACUCUUGAGUGAGGUCAAAAAUGCAACAAAUGCAACAUCUGCCGUCGACUUGACUCAACAGACGCUAAUCGAUGUGAACAGUCAGCCUUUGAUUUCAGGUCUAUUGGCUGCUCAUUCCGUUUACGGUCAACAACAACAGCCACAACACCAAACUAACGACUCUUCUACUAUUAGUGAACAGCUAUCAUCAGCUUUAUUACAUCAAUCCCACCCACUGAAUGAACUCAAUAGCAGUAAUAGCAAUAAUAUGGGUACCACUACUGUUGUUGCAAACUCUUCGUCUACAGCAAAUUAUGACAACAUAUCUGAUAAUAUGGAUGUUCCAUUAACAGAAAGUGCAGAUAUCAUUACAGACCCCACUCAUCCUUUAAUGAGCGAAUUCCAAACUAGAUUUGGUGUAGGCCGUGUAUUCGAGUCACUGGAAGCCCUGCGUGGCGCCGUCUUCGAGUACGGUAAAAAAUAUAAUGUUGCACUUACCACUAGUAAAUCAGACAAAUCGAAAGUCUAUCUACUAUGCAAACACGGUGGUAAACAUAGAAAAGUGACAAAGAAGUCCGAUAUUACUGCUGCAGCUGCACCAACCACUCCCGCAUUGGCAACACCGAAAAAAGUGAAAACGCGUGUUCGACUUUCCCAAAAGACUGGAUGUGAAUGUAUGAUUUACGCUAGAAAGUGCCGUGAUGGACUUUGGAUGAUCAAAAAGAGUAUACCCCAACAUAACCAUCCUAUCGCAUCUGAUCCUGCCAUGUAUCCUAUGUACAGAAGCCUCCCUCCAGAAUAUUUGCUAGUUGUUCACAAGUUACUACAGGAGCAUGUUAGUACAGGGCAUAUUGUGAAAUCAUUAAGAGCCAAUGGUAUUAGUAACAUUGUCACGAAGGAUAUUGAUAAUAUUCAGCAAGAUAUGAAGAAAAAAGGCCUUCUUGAUAAUCCGCCCAAUAGCGUUAACGUAUCAGCCUUACUUGAUUCUUUCCCUGUGCUUUCUCCUACUACGAUUGCUCCAUCUGUCACUACUGCUACAACUCCUGCUGCUGAAUCUGCUCCCCAGGGCGAUUUUAUUGGAGGGAAUGCAAAUAAUGAUAACAACAUCACGGUUGUUGAACCUGUUGAUGAUAACCAUAAUGAUAACGUCCUUAUUAAACUUGAAGAAUAAUUGUAGUAAAUAAACCUCAGCACUUAUUAUUUA